AUGGCGGCGACUGCUACUGCAUCGACCGCCUUGGUUCAAUCGGCAGUGGACCCAGACCUCGAGGACAGCAACGUCUCGAGCCCUCUCACCGAGGUUGACGAUAAGGACGACAACGACGAAGAGAUUGAUCGCAUGCAAAUUGAUGGCGACGAUGGCGAUAAUUCUAGCCUGAGCGGCGACGAGAAUCCGGCCGACGACGACCGCUCCGACUCCGCCAGCGUCCUGUCUGACGUUGGGUCUGAGGCGAACUCCGAUGGCAACGACACCGAAGCUGAGACAGAGCGCCUCUAUGAUACACCCAGACAUGAACGUCAGAGAGAUGUUGUCGUCGACCAAUACAAUCGCGGCCAAAUCUUCGAGCACACCCCCAGCAAGCUCCGCCGGGCGGCCAAACCUGAGGACAAGGACGACGACGAUGACAACGACGAUGCUGGUCGCGAUUCUGUCUCCGGCGACGAAGGGUCUGGUGCCUCGAGCGCCGGCGAUGCGGAAGAUACUCCCACAAAACCCGUCAGCAAAACGAAGACGCUCCAUGACAAGGCCCCUAGUUCUGACUCGCAGGACCGCAAGCGCAAGCGGUCGCCAGUGGCAGAGCAAUCCGAGACUGAACUGCCACAGAAGAAGCGAACUGGUUCUGUCAGCGCCGCUUCAAUUGAAGAUGCGGCGCUGAAUGAUGGUGAACGAACCGCCACCAACGUCGAUAGCGCUAUUCAGUCCGAUGCCGAGGACGAAAAUAAUCGUGACACCGGCACCGAAGGAGAAGCGCAAGAGCGCUCCUCUCGCUCUUCUCGAUCUUCCAGAAAAAGCAUUCGAAAUGACCUUCGCAGCAAAGACGGUGUCAAGGACGAGGAAGAUGACACUGGUGCCGAUGCCGCUACGGAAACGGCUGGCGAAGAGGCUACAGAUCAUCGCGAAGAUGAGGCUGAUGCUGAAGCCGAAGAGGAAGAUGAGGCCGAUAUCGCGGCAAAAAAUCAGGAAGAGAUGGAACGAAAACAAGCUGCGUUUAAAGACUGGUCUCACAUCGAGGAAAUGUUUGGUAUUUUUAGAGAUAGACUUUACAAAGAUAGACUCCAGCGCCUCGAAGAGGAAGAGCAAUCCCUGCUCGCCGACGUACCGACUCACCGCGAAUACCUCAAUAUGAAAAAAUGUCUCGACGACCGACUCAAUCAGAAGCUGCAAGGAGUCAAAACCGAGUUUGACUUCCAGCUCAAGGCGAAUGAGCGAUGGGCUGUAGCGCAGCGAGCACAAAUCUGGAGCCAAUUCUUCCAGGCUGUCCGCGAAAAGCGGGAGCAGACACUGGAAAGCUUGAAUAAGCAGUGGUACGAUGUACAAACUACCCGACGGAACGCCCACAGCCUUCAGGACUAUGGAAUACUCUUUCCCAAAGACCCGACGCAAAGACUUCGAAAUGCUAUUGCCUACAACAGCGAAGUGUCGACGUUGGCAGGCAUGGCCAAGUAUGAAGGCUUUCCAGCCGGGCCAGAGAUGAAAGGAGCUUCCGCUACCGAACAAAAGUCGGAUCUAAGCGCAAUGGAGAGAAGCAGGCGAGGUCGUCAAAAGUCUAGCGCCUUCCAGCAGCGAGAUGAUUAUCAAUCACCAAAUAUCAACCAGAUAGGGCCUGCAGGAGAGCAGUUUCUCAAAGAUACGCCGUGGGCGAAUCCGAACCAUUCGGCACACAAGACAGCGCGGCAAGGAACGGCGCUUGAGGAAAACCGAGCUGUUCCCCAAGGCCCAAUCUUCCAAAAUGAGAACCCAGCUUCGUCAUUAAAAUCACCAGCACUUUCGGCACGGCUUUCAGAGUCUCCAGAGAUGUCAAGGUCGAUGCUAAAGCCCUCGCCGCAUCAAAUGAAGCGCGUGGCCAGCGUUCCGAGCGCCAAUAGGACCCCCAAGGCAACUGCAGUCUGA